GUCAGUCAUCAUUGUUCUAAGUAGACCUACCUACCAUCUGUGAAAAUCAUGUGUUCCAUAAAACAUUUAGUUUUGUUAUUUACAUUUUAUGGGGUGAUAGAGAGCAAACAGUUCCGUUCAGACUACACGUACCACCAGGAAUUGGACGGAUGGCUGAAGCUCCACGCUGUACCCGGCACAUGGCACGAAGCUCGACAGAGGUGUUAUAUGGAAGGUGCAGUGCUAGCUUCACCUGUAAACGCAGACAUGCAGAAUGCUCUCCGUUCUGAAAUGAAUAAGUCAUCGACAGAAUGUGCACGCAUCUACGUCGGAGUUCAUUCGCUCUUCUCUAAAGGAUAUUUCUAUUCUCUUGAAGGAGUGCCUUUGUCCAAAAUGUCCGUGCAAUGGCUGCCAGGGCAGCCUGACAAUGCUGGCAAUAACGAGGAAUGCAUCGCUUACGUGGACGGCAGAGUGGCAGACGUGAACUGCUCGGAGGUGCUCCCGUUCUUGUGUUACAAGAAGAGCACUGCGGACAUAUCUGUCACGCCGUGUGGAACUACCGACAGAGAAUAUGAGUUUAGCGCGAAGACUGGCAGUUGCUACAAGAUUCAUAAAAGACACCUAAAUUGGGCGGACGCUUUCAAGGCCUGCUCGGCGGAGGGAGGCUACCUGGCCAUCAUCAAUAGCAGGGAAGAGGCUGCUGUCCUGAAGGAUAUGUACAGUCAUCAUUUUGCAAAUACUUUACGUUUUGUCUCAUUCAUUGGUAUUCACGAUUGGGACAAAGAUCGUACGUGGAAGACUAUUCACGGACAAACUUUAAAGGAAGCAGGAUAUGCCGAUUGGGAGAAAGGAAAACCAAACAACCAAAAUGGUCCAGGUCAAUACUGCGGGGGCAUAACUCUCGAUGUUAAGCUAUUUGACCUCCCUUGCGACGAGCGUGUGAAGUUUCUGUGCGAAAAAGACCCGAACAGUUUACAGGAUUACAUCUCGUUGGAAGGAAACAUGUCUCCUCUCUAUCGAUAUAUUAUACUGCUUAUAUCGUUUAUGGCAAUAGAAUGCAAACAGUUUCGUUUGGAGUACACCUACUACCCGAGUAUCGAAGGGCGCCUGAAGCUGCACAACAUUCCUGCCAACUAUAAAGAUGCUCGCCUCUUAUGCGAUGUAGAGGGAGCAACUCUAGCUUCACCCAGCAACGAAUACCUGAAGAAUGUUCUGGAUUCCGAACUGAACAAGGCGGAGGUAGAGUUUAAAAUCUUUACUGGUGUAGAUUCAAUCUUCUCUAAAGGAUAUUUCUACUCUAUCGAAGGGGUGCCCCUGGGGGAUAUGCCGCUGCAAUGGCUGCCGGGAGAGCCUGACAACGCUGGCGGCAAAGAGGACUGCAUCGCUUACACGAAGGGCAGCGUCGCGGACGUGAAAUGCUCAGAGCUGCUGCCGUUCGUGUGUUACAAGAAGGGGAAAGAAACACCUAAGGCUUCCUGCAAAACCAUAAUUGGGAACCAGUCCACAGGCAUGUCUAGUGGUUGCUACAAGUACCAUCAGGAGGAGAGGACCUGGCCGGAGGCUCACAAGUUCUGCUUAGCUUCGGGAGGUCAUCUAGCUAUCAUUAACAGCGAGCAAGAGGCCCGGUUUAUUAAACAAUACUUGUCUACAUAUAUCGACAUGUCUAGGGCGAUUAACCGUAUCAUAUACACCGGCUUCUACGACUGGAGCGGGAAAGGCCACUGGAGAACUAUACAAGGACAAAGUUUGGAGGAAGCAGGCUACGCCAACUUUCACCAGGGCUACCCGUACAUCCCGGUGCACGGGCCCGGCUGCGGCGGCAUCUUUGGUGACGCUAUGUUGGUCAGCGGCGAGUGUUUCGAAACUAGCACCUUUUUGUGUCAAUAUAAAAAAUAA